UUGCCGUGACCCAGGAAGGCCGAAAGAGAGAAAAGACGGCGUUUUCUUGCAGGUUGCUGCGAUGGGUUUUGGUCCUUCCUACAGAAUCUUUGCUAAUGGCACCGUACAGUAUACCAUAUGCCCAGACUUGCCUCCCAGAGUCAAUUCAAAUGGUAUUUGGGGGUUCCUCCGGUCUCGUGUGAACAAUCCUCUGGAUUACUCGCUGAAUCGCCUGAACUUGGAGCUGGUUAUGGUGUUCCUCGUCACUGAAGGUUGUCAUCUCGUGCUCAAGCGGGUUGGAAUGACGAAGCUGGUGUCGCAGAUUCUUGCUGGUAUAAUCCUCGGCCCUAACCUGUUUGUCUACUUCAGCGGGAGAAAUGUGAGGGCUCUCUUCACUAUUGAGAGCCAGGAACUGGUCGAUAUGAUUACUCAUUUCGGUUACCUGAUUUUUCUUCUCUUGACGGGCGUGAAGAUCGAUGUCAACAUGGUUCUGCUGACAGGGAAAAAUGGUCUGUACACUGGCGUCGCAUCAUUGGUGGUGCCAUUGCUGCUCGGACUAGCGGGUGUGGUAAGAGUCGGUGCUCAGUGGCGACUUCCUAAAAAUAGUAAAUUGGCUCUAGUUAACUUCGUCGCUUUGCAGUCUAUAACGCCAUUUCCCAUAGUUGCUUGCCUUCUCGACGACCUCAAAAUCUUGAACUCCGAAAUCGGCCGGUUAGGACUGUCUUCUGCGCUGGUCAGUGAUAUACUCAGCAUGUUUCUGCAAAUCAUAACCACCUUGGCUAUUGGUGGAGUUGAGGGCGGAAAGCAUGCGCAAGCUGUAGUAAAAUUCACGGGUGUCCUCUUGUACUUUGCUUUCGUUAUCAAAGUUAUUCGGCCAGCAAUGCAUUGGAUCAUUAGCCGAACUCCGGAAGGCAGGCCGGUCAAAAAUGUGUAUGUCUAUGCCAUACUUCUGUACUUCAUUGCUUCUACGGUGAUGUUCCAAUUGGCAGGGAUUUCCACUUUCCUCGCACCAUUCAUUCUGGGUUUAGCCAUUCCCGACGGCCCACCAUUAGGGGUUUCCUUGGUGGAGAAGUUGGAUUGCUUCACUUCGGGUGUGCUUUUGCCUCUUUUCAUCACUACAAGGGUGAUGAAGGCCAACUUCUUAGAAAUCAAUUUCAGCAGCGAGUUCCUUCAGGUUAGCAGCAUAGUCACUGCGAUAGUGAUCGUGGCGAAAUUCAUAGGCUCUAUGAUUCCUUCGAUAGUCUUGAAGCUGCCUAAACGAGACAUGUUGGCCCUCGCUUUCAUAAUGAGCAGCAAAGGCGUCGUCGACCUGGUUGCAGUGAGCUUUGUCAGAGACAAUAAGAUUCUGACCAAUGACAUCUACUCUUUCAUGGUUGUGGUCUUCUUGGCGACCGCAAUCAUCACCCCAUAUGGCGUGAAGUACUUCUAUGACCCUUCAAGGAAAUAUGCAGGCUACCAGCGGAGGAACAUCUUGCAUCUGAAACCCAACGCCGAGCUCCGAAUUGUCACCACCAUUCAUCGACCCGAUAAUGUUGCAGCGAUCCUCAACUUAGUGGACACCAUUUGUCCCACCAAAGAACGAACCGUCGCCCUCUACGGCCUCCACCUCAUCGAGCUGGUCGGCCGUGCCUCUCCCCUCUUUAUUUCUCAUAGGAUGCACAAGAGGACUCUCAUCAAAACCUCGUACUCCGAUAACAUCAUCGCUGCCUUCAGUCACUACGAGCAUAACCAUUGGGACGCCGUGUCAGCAAACGUCUACACGGCACUCUCACCGCCGAGGUUGAUGCAUGAGGACAUAUGCAUGUUGGCACUUAACAAACUCGCCUCCCUCAUAGUACUACCCUUUCAUCGUAAGUGGUCCGAGGACGGGUCGCUGGAAUCAGAGGACAAAAAGCUGAGGACCCUGAACAGCAGUGUUCUUGAGAGGGCUCCUUGCUCAGUGGGUAUAUUAGUGGACCGCGGUCAAUUAGGAGGCUCCAAUUUGCUAGGGCCGUCAGCUGAGUCACCGCUCCGAGUGGCCAUGAUCUACAUAGGCGGCAAAGACGACAGGGAGGCAUUGACACUGGCAAAACGCAUGGCAAACGGUACGAAUAUCACUCUCGAUGUCAUCCGCAUCACCCACCAUUCAGACAAAGGCAUUUCCGACUGGGAAAAGAUGUAUGAUUCUGAAAUCUUAAAGGAUAUCAAGAACGGUAGCAUCGGUAGCAGGAACGUCUCGUACAGAGAAGAGAUGGUGGAUGACGGACCUAACACUGCACUGCUAAUAAGACCCAUGGGGAACGAGUAUGACCUCAUUAUAGUGGGGCGGCGCCAGAUGGAAACGUCCCCUCAGACAUUGGGACUUCAUGAAUGGAGUGAAUUCCCCGAGCUUGGGGUCAUUGGAGACCUGCUCGCUACAACAGAAAUCACAGGAAGCUUUUCCGUCCUGGUCAUACAACAGCAGAAGAUCUAG